CUACACUCCGCUCUAUGUUGAGUGACCAAAAGCAUAGCUAGCUACUACCGAUAGGGCCGAAGAGAUUGCCUUCUUGUGGACUUUCUUCGUGCAUGCAUGGUUGUUACGCGCGCCGCAUUCCACACGCUGGCUGUGCUGUUCCGAAUCCCGAGAUCCGCCGCCGCCAACCGAACCGAGAGUUGCACCAGAAACAGCAAGCAGUCAGCCAGCCGGUCGCUUUAGUCACCUGUGAACGCUCGAGUCUGACGGACCGUUCGUUUCGUCGGCAACAACCGCCAGCAUAUAGGGAAGUGAAUCAAGGAACGUUGUUGGUGCUUUUCGGUUAAGCCCGCUCUGGAGUGCGCGCGCGACUAGAGGUUUCUCUUUACGGACUUUUUUUUUCUGGUGGAUUCUGGAUCUGUCGGAUCCCUGGAUCAAAACGGGAUUCGUAGCCCAAUUAGUGGUGUGUUUUGCGCUGUUUUGUUUCGGUUUCAUGUGGAUUGGACGAAGAACCCCCGCCGUUUGUAGUAAGGAACACUCGCGGAGGUUCUUGGAGGAUUUGUUUUUUUUUUGAUCCGGGUUUUGAAGUGUCUUUCGAAGGAUGAUUUUAUAAUUGAGUGUGACGACGAGUAAUCGCGAUUGUCUCAGUGAGAGUGGUAAUAAUUCUGUGGAAACACUUGGAAGCGCGUAAAGUGGCUGAAAGCUAGCAGCCAACAGCGCCGCAUCUUCGAACGGAGCGAAGCGAAGAAGUGUGCUUAUGAGUCGAAGAAGUGCCGUUAGAUUUUUGCGCCGUUGAAGAACGUGUGCUCGCUCGCCGCAUCGCCGCCAGGGGGACGUGAAUACUGACUUGAGAGUGCGCUGAAGAGUGCGAGAAAUGUUAUAAUUCUCGUUCACGUUUUGAUGAAUCACACAUUUCGAGGGGGACUGCCGGAAUUGAAUUCGUGCCCAAAUCGAACAACAUCCACAACCCCAAUUGGGCCCACCUGUAACCGGUGAAACAUUACCAAUCCAGAGAGAGAAAAUUCGUUAACGACUCCGGGGGAAUCAGUGCUCUUCUAAGACCAAUCAACCAACCAGAUCAGUGAUCACGAUAAUACGAUAAUUCGGCGAAAUUGUUUUGAUGAGGCACGUUUAGUUCAGUGUAGCACAAGAAGCAAUACAGUGAUUGCAAUAAAUUUUCUGUUCGGAAGCUGACCCACUUUGUGGCCCAUUUUUCCACCGGCACCGUGUACUUCGGUUGGAAGGCAAGCAAGCAACCAGCAAUAAUAGAGAGAUCCGAGGGAAACAGAGUGCAACUAAAACAUACGGGGCGCGCCGUAGACGACCGACUCUCGGUGACGACUCUACUAGCAUCGAACGAGAAGAAAAGCGUCGAGAGUGGAAUAAAUUGAAUUAUACACACGACGGGUCUAAAAACAAGUGAUUAACGACUGGUUAACAGUUACAAAAUUCGGGGUGAACAUCGAAGCGCAAGGAUUUCGUCGCGUGAUUGUGUUGAAGGCUAAGAAGUGUAAAGAGUGUUACGUGAUAGUGAGAGCUGAGUGUUGUUAAAAAAUAAACAAAACGGAAGAACCGCCUUGUUGCUGGAGUUGAAGCUGAGGAUCCGGUGAAGACAAGCAGCCGCCAGGAAUUGACAGGUCCAAUCGUAUGGGACUGUAACAAUGAUGGAAUGGAUUUGAAGGAACAGCAGGGAAUGACGGAUACUAGCUGAAUAAAAGAUAAAUCGAUCAUUUAUCAGCUGUUUCAACCAAAAUGACAAUAAAAUUGCACCGCCAGCAGAUUGUACGGCAACAACUUCAUCAGCAUAACAUCGAACACCAGCAUCAGAAGCGCCGCCGGAAUUGAGUUCGCUCGCACAGCUGCUCCGACGACGACCAGUCACGCGUUUCAUCCUAGAUCCGACGUCACGCGUCAAGUAGUGCGCGAUAACGAGUCACGCAGCAGACCAACAAUUUCUCGAUUUCCAAUGAGAUCCCGCCGAUGGUUGACCGACCGAUCACAGCAGCAUCUUGAUCUUGAACAGCACUGCAAUCGCCAGUUAGGCUACGCCGCCAUCGGUGCCACCGCCGGUCCGAUCAGCAGUAGAAAACCGUUUUGAUUGGUUUUGGAGGGCUUGUUCAGCCUCGUUCCACAGCGGCCAUCACCGACUGACUGCGUUGACAGUGGGUGUGGUGCGGCUUCGUUGAUUCGUUUGUAGGUUUGUUGUUUUGUUUUACGUAGUUUUAUUGUUUGUUUGGUUAACUAGUGUGUAAGGGUUCCGAUCAUGGAAAUGCUACGCCGUUUGAGUCUGCUGCUUGCGACGGCACUUCUGCUCGUCCGGUCCAGUGUGGCCCAGUGCCCCUGGCAGCGGGAGGUCCCCGAUCUGCAAACUUCGUGUCUAUGUGCCUAUAACCUUGGACAGGAACUGUCCGUGCAAUGUGAUCAAGUCGAUUUUCCCAUAUUAGUCGAAGCCUUAGAUAAGUACGCCCGAGCGACGCCGCUCGAUCUGCUCUACGUCAAUAACUCGACCAUCGAAAGGCUCGAAGCCAAUGUCUUCGAGAACCUCAAGCUGUACAACGUGCAGCUGAGCAGUUGCAAGAUCCGCAGGAUCGAUGACUUCGCUUUCAAGGGUCAGGAAGAUAUUCUGAAGAAUCUAAAUCUGCAGGACAACCUCCUGGAUGAUGUUCCAAUCCGAUCGCUUAAAAUCCUGAACAUUUUGAAUCUGCUGGAUCUAUCCAAGAAUCGGAUACACACCAUUCCCAACGAUGCCUUCAUCGGCUUAUCAAAGCUGUCUACGCUCAAGCUGAGCGAUAACAACGUAACUCUUGCGCCCUUCGCAUUCCGCGGACUGGAGAACAGCUUGAAGAAUCUGAACCUGAAAGGGUCCAAACAAAAGCGAGUCCCCGAGGCAGUGCGAGGCCUGAAGUUGCUCGCCUUCCUUGAUCUGUCGCAGAACGGUAUCCGGGAGCUGCCGGGACCUGGAGGUAUGCGAACCUUCGAAGGUCUGGACUCUUUGACGGCGCUCAAUCUGGAGCGUAACGUGAUCCAAAGUCUGGGCGAGACUGCCUUUUCCGGUAUCCGGAAGACCCUGAGCUCGUUGAGCUUGCUGAACAAUCUGCUUGCGGAGUUCCCCGUCGGUGCUAUUCACUCGUUGCGCGAGCUACGGGUACUCGACAUUGGUUUCAAUUUGCUAACUGCCUUGCCGGAGACGGCAUUCCGCGGCAAUCCGGCCGUUACACUGCUAGCCCUCGAUGGCAACCCCCUUCCGACUGUGCCUGAAAAAGCUCUGCUACAUCUGAAUCGAACCCUGCGAGGCCUAUCGCUGGGUGGUCGAUUUCUACACUGUGACUGUAAGCUCCGGUGGGUCGCCGAAUGGAUCCGGAAUGGUGACUUGCAGGUCACCUCUCGCGAACGUAACCCACAGUUCUGCGGGUCUCCGAACCGCUUCCGCGAUCGCGGCUUCUACUCGAUCCAACCGGAGGAACUAACCUGCCCGGAUGCUGAGGUCAGCAUCGAAGGCCCGGUAGGUGUCGUUGACUCACUGCUUCCAAAGACCACCUCCACCAGCCCUCGACCCACUACGGUCCUUACCACUCUGCCACCAACGUCACUUGCAACGAACACCACCCUUAGCAGCACCACUAUUCUAUCGACGACUGCACCGACAACCACUCCUCUGUCUUCGUCGUCUUCCCAAGAAACACAACCACCGACCACGACCACCGAGAGUACCACACUAACAACUACAACACAGUCUACGACCAAACAGAGUACGACAGCAGCGGCAACGACGACAACUGCCACAACCACCAAAGCCAGCGUCAAGAACAACAACUGGCGCAGCAACAACAACUCUCCUCCUCACAAGCAAAGACCACCGCUGGUCUUGGGAUUCCCGCCACAACGAGGCACUCAGAUCGAUGACUCCAAGGAGGUCCAAGUUAAAAACGCCUUCAGUUCCCGCCAGGACAGCUCGGUCAUCAUCCAGUGGGACUCGGACACCGCCAACAUUCUAGGCUUCCGUGUUGUUUAUCGCCUGUUCGGCGAUAAGAACUUCAAACAGGGACCGCCACUAGAGGCCAGCGAGCGGGAGUUCAAGAUCAAGAACGUCCCCACGGCCGAGUGCAUCAUUGUGUGCGUCGUAUCGCUGGAGGAGAUCAACGUGACGCCCGACUCAGUGCCUUACAGUCAGUGUCGCGAGGUGCGAACCGUCGCAUCGCCCGCUUCUAACAUGGACAAGAUCACGAUCGCGGCCAGUGCUGCCAUCUGCGGUACGAUCUUCGUGGCCGUCAUUGUGUUCAUCGCUGCCAGCAGGAUCUUUUUCAGACGGCGCUCGAAGCAGCUGCAGUCGCUGUCCCAGCAGAAGAGUGCCCUCCCGAUUGCCGGCCUGCCGGUGAACUGCUGCGGCCCGACGCCCAGCCCGAACGGACCGCUGGGCUCGCUGGCAACCCUGUCCGCCUUCAACUCCCACAAGGACUGGGAUCAAGUUUCGGCCUACAGUGGCCGUUCGAUUCCCCGGCCCCGGAUCUACCCGAUGGAGAACCAAGCCAUACCGGAUGACCUGCGUAGCCACGUGUCGCACUUUUCGGCCGUCGGAGGCAAAGUGGGCAAGGCUCGGUCCAUCGCCGACGGACAGUCCCACCACAGCUACUCGAACCACUCGCAGCGAGGCUACCUGGGAUCGGCCUUCCCCAGCAAUCUCGUGAACUCUCGACCAGAUCUUGCAUCCGCAGAACUCAGACAAUCGCGCCAAUCUUUGGCGGCCGCUUCGGAACGGAUGUCCAGGGCUUCCUACGCCGGAUCGAUAGUGCACGGCGGUCCGGCCCACAGUAUAGCAUCGAGUACGCGCCGGACCCGACCGAGAUCGCGCUCCCGUGACCAGUUGAAUGGAACGCACGUCCACACCCACCAGCAUCGUCCCGGCAGUCGUUACUCCACCGCCGGUUCGACGCACACCCUGAACAACUACUGCGACACGUCCGACAACUGGACCGACCACGACAUGGACAUCUACAUGGCGCGCAAUCCAACAACCCGGAACGGCGGCAUGGUGCCAUUAUGAGAAUCACUUCUCGCUUCCCCCUACUCCUGAUGCUACGACAACUACGACGAUGACGACGACGACGACCACCACGUGAUGUUUGACCGUCAACGCACCCAACCACCACAAUCACCACCGGCACUGGGGGCACCACCCUUCCUUCUGAUGACCGCCACCUGACAGCGACCGCCCGCGGCGUCUUCACAGACGCCGUCGGGCCCCAAUCCGGAACUGGUGCUAGAUCCUCGCCGGUGGUGGUGCCGUUGUGACCAACCGAAUGCCCCCAUCUGCUACGGGGAUGACGACGACGAUGGGUACUAUCACCAUCAGCAACGAGGGCCGCAUCAGUACCGACCAGAGUUGGACGAGCUGCUGGUCGUGGAGCUGGAAGAAGAGGACGAACCCCCACCGGACUACGAGUCGGAUGAUCCGGGUGGGGGCCAGGCAGUGGCCACCGCCGCCGCCGGUCCCUCGUCAAUGGUGGAGCAGCGCAACACGUCGUCGUCUUCUUCGGUUCACGUUCGCAAUAACAACAACAACAACAGCGUCAUUAGCAACAGCAACAUCAAUGGUCAAGUGAGUUCCGGGACCGGGACCGGUUUGGGGGCGGCUGGGCAGCCAAGGCAGGAGACCAGCUUCGUCGAGUGGGAAAACUAUCGUAAUCGAAUGAGGGAGAAUCUGCGGUGCUGAAGGACGACAUCCGUUCGGUAGAUCUGGCGGUUCAAAAGAUGGAGGUUUAUGUGUGUAUAUUUUCCGUUUUUCGAUUGACCCGGUUUUCUACACAUUUCGUGGUGCUAGGUUGGGACGUGUCAAUAAGUACAGUGGCGCAAGUUCAAUUUUGUACGGAGAGGAGAGGUGUUUUCCGACUGAAAUGUUUUAACUUUGCCGACACCUGUAUCAAAUGUGAAAUACUAUAUCUUUAAACCUUUGAAGUCGGAUUUUUACCAAGCAUUAUUAUAUAGUUUUUUCUACGUAUUUCUGUGGUUUUGGUGCUCAAAAGCAUAGAAAGGGUAGAAUAUGAUGCAGAAUAUUUUAUGUGGAUAUCCUAGGUCAUCCAAAUUGUUCUUGAGUUGAGAUCCUAAAGCCUACGCGUGUAAGGUGUAACGGUUACUUCUUUCAUUAUACAAAGCUACGAUAUGUAAUCUAUCAUGACCAGUAAGUCUUCUGGAAGUUCAAUAGACAGUGUCAGAACCAUCAGGAUAUCCUAGGUCAUCCAAACUGCUCUUGAGUUCAGAUCCUAAAAUUUACGGGUGUAACGGUAAUUUAUUUCAUUAUAUAGCACUACUAUUUAUAUUUUAUCAUGUCCAGUAAACCUUCUGAAUGUUCAAUAGACAGCAUCACAUUAGUCGGGAUAUCCUAGGUCAUCCAAAUUGUUCUUGAGUUUACAUCUUAAAGUCUACGCGUGUAAUGGUAACUUCUUUCAUUAUACAAAGCUACGAUUUGUAAUCUAUCAUAUCCAGUAAGUCUUCUGAAAGUUAAAUAGACAGUAUCAGAUCAGUCGCCUAGGUUAUCCAAUCUGUUCUUGAGUUUAGAUCCUUAAGUCUACCGGUGUAAUGGUUACUUCUUUCAUUAAUACAAAGCUAUGCUUUGUAAUAUAUCAUGUCAAGUAAGUCUUCUGGAACUUCAAUAGACAGUAUUAGAACCAUCGGGAUAUCCUAGAUCAUCCAAACUGUUCUUGAGUUCAGAUCCUAAAAUUUACGGGUGUAACGGUAAUUUAUUUCAUUAUAUAGCACUACGAGUUAUAUUCCAUGAUGUCCAGCAAGCCUUCUGAAUGUUCGAUAGACAGUAUCACAUCAGUCGAGAUAUCCUAGGUCAUCCAAAUUGUUUUUGAGUUUAGAUCCUAAAUUCUACGGGUGUAACGGUAACUUCUUUCAUUAUACAAAGUUACGAUAUGUAAUCUAUUAUGUUCAGUAAAUCUUCUGAAUGUUAAAUGAACAUCAUCAGAUCGAAUCAUAAUAGUUUGGAUGACAACUAUUGUGAUAUUAAAAAUCUAGCAUUUCCAGCAAUUGAAGUUUCUGUUGUAAUGAUUGCGUCUUGGUUCGUGGCUGCAGUCCUUAUCCUCAGCCGCGUCCCACAUUUGCCUUCAGAUUUGUUCUCGAGAUGUGGCUUCGGCAUAUGUUCACCUUAGCUGAAAGUUCUUAGUUGAAGGCAAGCUUAGUAAUCCUAAAAUAUCACAAAGUUAUUUUGGGAUGGCUCUGAGUUUCACAGAAGUUCACGAAUCUGCAUGGGUUAGAUUAGUUAAAGUAACUUUUCAUAGCCCAAAUAAUGACUCCAACGAAUGCAGAUUUCAAAAAAUGAGUUCCAUAAAAGUUUGAACAACCAUAAAUGUUUCAAAGGUACAGAAGAACAAUCCCUACUAGUCUUUGUAGAAUAUUGGUAAAUAUGGUUCAUUAUGAAUCAUUUUUAAGUGUAGCAGACUAGCAUUGCAAGUGUCAAUAUAAAGCUGUGUGCUCCAUGAAAGAUUGGAUAACCUAAAUUAUCACAAAUCUAGCAUGAAGUGACCCUUGAGAGUUAACAGAUUCAUGGACCCUAUUUGGUAGUGUUACGUUACUAUCUAAAACGAAAUCACCUCAUGUUACAGGGGUUGUGUUUAUCAACUAAGCCCCAUAACAGUAACGAUGGCCCAUAAUAUCGCAAAAAUAUAUAACAACGCCUAUUGUUCCUAGAAUUACUUUGAUAAAUACAGUGGAUGUAACACUACUUAACGUACUGGCAAAAGCUAUUAACACAAGUGUAGACUUGAAGCUAAGGUCUCCGAAGUAGUUCGGAUGAUCUGGAAUAUUUCAAAAUCAGCUUGGAAUGACUCAUGCAAUUCCAGGGGGAUAACAGAUUACAGUUGGACCCUUCUGGGUAAAGUCUCUCUAAAGAAAAAAAAAAUACAGCUGGAUCUGUAAUGUUACUGUUCAGUGUUAGAAUUACUUCUGCUACUGUCAAGAGCUGAACUUGAACAGUUUGGUCAACCCUUGAUGUCUCAAAGGUUCAUAAUAAUAUAUAGUAGACUUCAGGUUAAUCCAGUAACCGCGAUUGAUUACACUGCUCGACAAAAUUUUACAAAAUUUUGUGUUAUGGGAUGAGACAAAAAAGAACAGGAGUUUGGGACCCUAGAAAUAUCAUAGUGAAAGAAUGUUUGAAAAAUAUUGGACCGGGCCUUCACAGUUUAUGACCGAAGUUUGUAUGGAGAACACGGGGUGUUCAAUUGAUAUGCGUAGAAAGAUCGUGCCGACACUUCUAGGGUCCCAAACCCCUGUUUUUUUUAUCUCAUCUCUUAACAAAAUUUAGUGUUGGACGGUGUUAUGCAACGUUACCGAGUAUAUCAGAUAUGGCUGCUGUGACGAGCGUAGAUCUGAAGUUCAGAACUCCAAGACAGUUAGGCUGACCUGGAGUAUUACUAUAAAGUCUAUAACUGACAUUUGAGAUUUGAAGAGCUUCACGGAUCCCAGCAUAUAAUGCAAUGCUAUUAGUUAUGGCGAAAACACAUAAAUUUAUUCUAGUAUACUUGAAGGACUUCAUUAUAGGACAGUUUGGAUGACCCUGAAUGUCCCAAAGGUUUAUAAUAAUAUCCGGUAGAUUUCAGAUUGGUCAAAUACCCACGGUUAAAUAUGCAACGCUACUCAGUACAGCAGAUAUGGCUGCUGUUACGAAUGUAGAACUGAAGUUCUGAACUCCAAGACACUACCUUGGCUGACCUGGAAUAUCCCAACAGUGUCUCUCAAUGACAUUUGAGAUUUCAA